AUGUCACAAUCGAGCUCUUCAUCUGAUGAGAACGGAAACACCACCAAGGAUGCACGUUCACAUUCCGCCGGUCCAACGACCAUCCCUCCAACGCCGGACGUCGCACCUGAGCCCCAGGCUUCUUCACGCGGCCGCACACCGGCCCGAACAGCCCUACGCUCACCAAGACGUCGAGGCCAGUCUUCACCGCCCCCGGCAAGGCUUCCACCUUCUUCCCCGGCCUCCUCCUACCGCUCGGCCGUCCCGACGAUCCCACCUAUCGGGAAGUGGACCGUAGCUGGAUUGAGGGAAGCGCUCGGCAACUCAGACAUACAGGCUUCGCGAAAAAUGAACAAAGCGGAGCUGUAUGAUCUGUACGUUUCCCUACAGUCGACUCCAAAAACGACCCACAGGCAGAGCAAAGCCCGCAGGGCCCAAAAUUCGCCUGCCCAGCUACCACCGUCGUGUUCCCGCACAGGAUCCGGCUCGCUUCGCCCAUCGAGCCGCAGAAACCGGUCUUCAGCGAGCCUAGGCCGCGCCCCAGAUUCCGCCAUGGCAGGUACACACCCACCUCCCGAUGAGGCCCAGCCCUCCACCACGGUUUCUGCUGCCACAUGGCCUACAGCCCCCGUUGGAGACACUAGCGCGAGGCCAUCGCUGCUACCAGCACAGACCCAAGGAUACCAACAAUUCUACCCACCAGGUUAUAACCCCGCCCACUUCCAGUGGCCUGCGGCUCCACUCAUUUUCUCUCUUUUCUGUUUCUCUUUCUGUCCAGCGAGCAUUCGGUCUCACAGCGGACGCAGCGAGAACUUUUCCGGUAGAGCACUUACGUUUUCUCUUUCGUCCAGCGAGCAUUGGUCUCAAAGCGGACGCAGUGUGAGAAAAUCUCCCGGUCAAGGUCUCAUUUUCUCUCUUUUCUGUUUCUCUUUCUGUCCAGCGAGCAUUCGGUCUCACAGCGGACGCAGCGAGAACUUUUCCGGUAGAGCACUUACGUUUUCUCUUUCGUCCAGCGAGCAUUGGUCUCAAAGCGGACGCAGUGUGAGAAAAUCUCCCGGUCAAGGUCUCAUUUUCUCUCUUUUCUGUUUCUCUUUCUGUCCAGCGAGCAUUCGGUCUCACAGCGGACGCAGCGAGAACUUUUCCGGUAGAGCACUUACGUUUUCUCUUUCGUCCAGCGAGCAUUGGUCUCAAAGCGGACGCAGUGUGAGAAAAUCUCCCGGUCAAGGUCUCAUUUUCUCUCUUUUCUGUUUCUCUUUCUGUCCAGCGAGCAUUCGGUCUCACAGCGGACGCAGCGAGAACUUUUCCGGUAGAGCACUUACGUUUUCUCUUUCGUCCAGCGAGCAUUGGUCUCAAAGCGGACGCAGUGUGAGAAAAUCUCCCGGUCAAGGUCUCAUUUUCUCUCUUUUCUGUUUCUCUUUCUGUCCAGCGAGCAUUCGGUCUCACAGCGGACGCAGCGAGAACUUUUCCGGUAGAGCACUUACGUUUUCUCUUUCGUCCAGCGAGCAUUGGUCUCAAAGCGGACGCAGUGUGAGAAAAUCUCCCGGUCAAGCUCUCAUUUUUCUCUUUUCUGUUUCUCUUUCUGUCCAGCGAGCAUUCGGUCUCACAGCGGACAAAGCGAGAACUUUUCCGGUAGAGCACUUACGUUUUCUCUUUCGUCCAGCGAGCAUUGGUCUCACAGCGGACGCAGUGUGAGAAAAUCUCCCGGUCAAGCUCUCAUUUUCUCUCUUUCCUGUUUUUCUCUUUCUGUCCAAAAAAAAAAAAUAAAUAAAUAAAUAAAAAUAAAUAAAUAAAUAAAUAAAUAAAUAAAAUUUAAUAAUACUAAUAAUAAUACUAAUAAUAAAUAAAUAAAUAAAACGCCUGAUCGGUCCCCGUUGCAAGUCGGCAGGGCCUAUCAGUCCAGGCACAAUGAGCCGCCACCACAGGCCCACUGGCCAAACUUUCAGACCCUUUCUAGAGACGCCAGCACGCCAAACGCGGCACUCAUUUGGGGGGUCUUUUAGUUCGGCGGCUGUCCUCUGCUAUUUAGCUUUUUGGGGGAGUACUCUGGGUUCGGGCCGAACUCCGAGCUCGGAGCCCUCCCUCCGGACAGCACGCCAAAUACGCAUUAAAUCUUACCCUCCCAAUUGUAUGUAAGUGUGAACUCGUGAAAUGAUGUUUUAUUAACAAAGUUCGGGAGAAGCACGAGCAGAUAAUUAACACAGGUGGAGAGCACUCAGCAAUCAAUGGUAAGAGGUGUAUAUAUACAGCAGUCUCACCUCAAUUCAUUUGACAGUCUCGCAGCAUCCCCCCACCACCCCUUCUCCACACUUCUAAUCCUAAACCACUUACAUAGGGUAGGGGGGAGUACUCUGGGUUCGGGCCGAACUCCGAGCUCGGAGCCCUCCCUCCGGACAGCACGCCAAAUACGCAUUAAAUCUUACCCUCCCAAUUGUAUGUAAGUGUGAACUCGUGAAAG